AUGGCGGACGGAAAGGACAUGAAGAAGUUCUUGGCAAAUCAUCCUCAUUUUGAACUUUUCAGAGAUGACCAGAUGAGGGAGAAGGUAUUCAAAUGGUUUAAUUAAUAAUGAAGUCACUCUUUUGACGUUUUCUCUUCAAUUCUGAAGGACUGCAGAAAAUGUGAUAAUUUACACCAACACGCUUCGUAAGGGUAGAAGGAGACAACAAAUCAGGGUCAGAUUUGUUAAUCACGAGUAUAAUUUCAGACAGAAUUGGACAACUCGAAGUCCUGUAACCAGUUCAUAAAAAAUCUGACAAAAUUUUAGAAAGAAGCUAGACAUCGCGUAUACUUUUUCAUGAAAAGAAAAAACAAGAGUAACUCAGGGAAAUGCACGACAACAACGCGCACAAAUGACGCAUGCUGCCCACUCACACGAAUAUGACGCGUCAACUGUCCUAUUACACUGUCCAAUUACAAGCAUGACGUGAACACUGUCCUAUAAGUGCUCAAAUCAAGCUGGUGAUUAACCAAUCACGUCCAAGAAUUUUGUUAUAGUUUUGAUUAAUGAUGGUAAUAGGACCGAGUGGAGUCCAAUUCGGUCUUUAAUCAUGCGAUUGAUGAACAAAAUCGGACGACUUUGAGGCAGGAGUCAGAUUUGUCAAUUAUAAGUACGAGUUCAGACAGAAUUGAAUGUUGCAAAGUGCUGUUACCAGGUAAUAAUAACUCUGACAAAAUUUGAGAUUUGAAACUAGACAUCACUUAUACUUUUUCAUAAAAGGAAAAAAACAACAGUUAACUUAGGGAAAUGCACAACAACAGCACACACAAAUGACACAUACUGUCCACUUACACAGGCGUGACAUGUCAACUGUCCUAUUAUACUGUCCAAUUGCAAGCAUGAUGUGUACACUUUCCUCUAGGUGCUCAAAUCAGGCUGGUGAUCAACCAAUCACAUCCUAGAAUUUUGUUAUAGUUUUGAUUAAGUUAAAAACCAUACAAGUGAAGUUUGUCUGUGAAUACAGGUGAUUACAGGGACCUUAGGUAGGACUUGUGGAACUCUUCAAAAAAAAAAAUUGGGGGCUUAUUUUACCUGCUUUGGGUUUUAACACUGGAUCUCAAUGUAAAUAGAACAAUGAUUAUCCACUUGUGACUUGCAGCCACAUUUGUUAUGAGGUAGAAUAAUAGAAUAAAACAUAAACAAGGAAAUUUCAUAUUCAGUCAGUUGCCUAAUAGCUGUUUCUCCUAAAAUAGAUGCCCCUUUUGAAUAAGGGGGCUCUCAGUGAGCAUAAAUUCAUCACAGGUGUCCUUUUCAAAUAAAUGCAUCAGCCUCUCAGUACUGAAACUAACACUGCAGAGAAUGUAUAGUGAAAUUAUUGAAAGUUCCCUCCCCCCAACCCCCUUAGUCAAGCAUCCCCCUUGAGUACAAGCCCCACAUUAUGUUUUCACAUCUUAUCUUUUGGUAACUUCGCGGCCUGGGUGCUAUCGGAAGGAUUUGUUGUCAGCCAACUUUCUCUGUCUAUCAGAGAGUCUCUACAAAUAAUGUGAAUCUCUCCAGCUCUCCUUUAAGUUUCCUAAAUCUCCAAGAAAAAAAUAAAUUUAGACAUUUUAAUGAUUUUGCUUUCUUUGUAAGGAUGGCUUUAUAUUUGCGAAAUGUUCAUGAUUCUGAGAGAAAGAAGCCAGGACAAAGUGAUCAUAUAACAGACUAAACCCUUUAUACCCUAACAUCAGUAUGCAUAUUCUCCACACUGUACCUGGUUUCUAUAGAUUUGCUGACAAGGAGAGUUUUUUUAACAAUCAAGUAGUUCUUUAGUUGGUGAUCAUUUCCUCUAUUCUCAUGACCUAUGUAUGUGUUCCAGAGGUGACAUUGUAAGGAGAAAUUAGAUGCUAGUCUAUAUUUGAGGUGGGUCAGGGGUGGGAGGGAAGCUGUAAGGUAUUAACUAAAAUCAUACUUCUCUACUUUUCAGACUUCCUAAGGUUGGCAUUUUUGAUAUUUCUUCAUGCAACCAGUGCAGUCUAUCUUAAUGUUUAGUUUCACUUAUUAAAUUCUUUCCUUGUGAUGUUAGAUCAGAUGUAAAUUAACUGGACAUGAGUUACCAGCAAGACUGACAGACCUUGAAAACUAUAUUAAAGGGAAGAAGUAUCAGAGACUAAGUAAGGCAAUUCCUGAUGAAUCCCCUGGGUAUGAAGAAUACAAGGAAUACUUAGUGCCAAGUGGAAAAAAGGGGUAAUGAUAUCAUAUUUGUUAUGCUAUGAUAAGAGCAAACUUAUGCUUCUGGUAAUGGUGUAUGUUGACGAAAGGAAGGCACAUACCUUCCUGCAGAACUUUGGAUUGUAAAAGUGUGACAAGAAAGAGCACAAGUACCUUGUCACUUCAAACUUGUUGUUAUUAUUAUUGUGUUCAGAUGUAGAUUCAAAACUCAAGAAGGUUUAAGUGUAGUUGAAGUGUAACCUUACUCUAUACACUAAUUCAUAUACUUGUGGCAGAAAGACAGAAUUCAAAACGAUUUGAAUUUGGAGAAAGGGGGAUACAUGAGCCACUGUCCCCUUUAAGUCCUAUUCAACAUUCAUGUUCCCAUUCCUCCUGAUUGUCAAUAUUUCAUUAAAAAAAUAAACUGUCAAUGGUCUAUGUCAUUAAAGCCACUACAUGCCCCAUGAGCUCAGAACUUUUUCUUUAGUGUUUGCGGAUGUACAAGAAAACAACAGUUAUAUACAGGAAAAACAACUGAGAUCUGACAAUGGAUCCCCAUCAUUCAAUUUGCUUGUAAACUAUUCAUGUCUUGCAUUGGUCUCCUAGAGGAGGAAGCGUUUUGGGUACUUGUUAGAAUGUGAUAUAUUAUAAUUGUUGAAAUCUUGUCAAAACCAUAUAUUGUGUAUGGUUACUUAAUUGUGUGUUUUUUAACAUUACAAAUCUUGUAGCAAUCAGUUACAUUGCCAGUUGACCAAGAAAUACAUAAACAAUGCUCCACAUCAUAUUCAAAGACACGUCACUGGAAAACGCUUCAAACGUGCGUUGGAAAAACGUAAGGUUUUCUUAUGCUUUAGUAUCGUUGGUGACUCUCAUCAGAAAUUCAGAUUAAAUUGAUUGAUCCUCUCGUGUCAGUUAUAAAAGACAAGAACCUUGAAUCUGAGGAUGCAGACGAAGACAUGUGGGUUCCGUCUGACCUUGAAUCAGAAUCAGAACCUGACGAAGAAGAUGGAGAGGAAAAGAUGGACGAGGGUGACUCUGGUGGAGAAUUCUCUUCAGAAGGUGGCGUAUCAUGACAACAAAAUAUUUACAAGAUUUAGUUUGUACUCUUGUCUUUCCUCCCUCAAAUUGAGACCUCAGUACGUGGCCUACGAAUAAUUUCCAACGAGUAGUGGUCUGUUAAUUCUUAAUUUAUCUGAGUUGUCUAAGUGUGAUUUGACGAUUGUGCUUUGCAGUGUAUAACCGUAACUUUGGACUACCCCUUCUCUGAGGAAAGUCCGUCGGGCGACAAAAAAUAAAUAAACGAACAAAAUUUUGAGAAUUUUCUUCCUGAUUGCUUUUAACUUGCGAUAUGUACUUUGCCGAGAUCGACAGCACGUAACUUUGUAAUGUUUCCAAGUCAAGAACGGGCAGUGGGCUGUUUAUUUGUGUUUUCUUAAUUAAUUGAAGUCACUUUUUAGAAUACCGUGUCUUUCUUCUAACAAUUGAUUUUAUGUUCAGAUGAGGAUGAUACAUAUGAGAAAAAAAAUCAAAGUGGAUUGAAAAGAACGCUUAAGGUAAAGUAACUUUCUCUGUGAGCCAACACUGAAUGAGAUUGAACUAAGUUACAAUAUCAGUAGAGGUGUUUAUCAAUGUUUCUCUUUGCCUCCUGCGCUGAUAUUUUGUUAUUCAACGCAAGAAGGCUCUUGCCCCAUGAAAGAUGUCGAAUCUGACUAACUUGAAGUGCAAUUCCGUCAUCUCACCAGUUUUCAGUUAAACGUCUCCUAGUUCCUGUUUGUAUUACAAGUGGAACGAAGCACUUUUUUUAUGCUGAUUGGCUCUAUAUUCAUCGUUCAAUUUCACACCAAUAAUGGUUGUUUUUUUUGCCAACAGGAAACUAGCAAGAGUAAACCGACCAAAAGAGUGAAGGGAAGCGUAACUGGAAAUUUGCCAAAGGACGAGGAUACAAAAAACCUUAAAACAACGAAAGACAGGAAGAAAACUAUGAAAUCGUAACCUGAGCAACUAAGACCAAUUCUUUUUUUCAAAAAUCUACCACCUACUGAAGCGAGAGUGUGUGAUAUCACUAUUGUCAAUUGCACACUUCGAUAAGUAGCACGACAGAAGUCCAAAUUUGAACGUCAUCAGACAACGAUAUGUGUGUCACGGAAGCGUCUCGCUUCCUUGGAAAAAGUUAUGGCAUACAGUUUGAACAAGUUUUCAAGACAAUAGACAAGGUUCGCUAAAGUCUUUGAACAUCAACAAUUCGUCUUCCUCAAAGGAUAAAUACGCUGAUUGAGGCACGAAGAAAACAAACACAAACAGUUUCCUUUGAGAAUGCGGAUGGUUGUUUUACUCCCUUCAUUGUAAAUGUAUUUACAAAUAAGAUGAUUAAGUACAACUGAAUGACGUUAGCG